GGGAAGUUGGCAAGUUGCACAAGAUAGAGGUUGAAGUUCAGUCUCUGUUAGAGAAAAAAUAACUACCGUGAGCUAGAGAAACAUUACUUCAAUGCUAGGCUACUCGGGGGAAGACAACAAAAACUCUAACAAACACUUAAUAAUAUUUUAUAUUCUCAUCUGUAUGUUUGAUCAUUGCACAUGUUCUUCUCUACAUAGGGAGUACUGACUGGCUAGCAUGCUUAGAGCACACACGUGUGUGUCGGUGCUAUGUCGUCUCUCAGACAAGUUUGUGCUUCAAUGGGUCAACAUCGACAGGAAGAUAGGAUGUGUCCAACCUGCAGUGGGCCAAGUGAGAUGGAAGACAUGUAGACCAGCUCCCUUUUUGACAGCCAAGCCCAACCGCGCCCUCCUAGAUGAGCCGAUUACCCUAGAGGGACGUCACCUCCCCCCUCACUCACCUAUUACGGUGCGUGCCCGGAUGCAUAACGAGGACGGUGACCUGUGGGAAGCAUUUUCUCACUACAACACAGAUGGGAGGGGUGUUGUCAACUUGACUAGGGAUGAGUCAGUAGGGGGUUCCUAUGUGGGCUGUGAGCCCAUGGGACUAUUCUGGGCCCUGCAGCCUGCACCUGGAGAGAGAGAGGGUCUGAGGCUGCGGAAGAAAAACGUUGAGACUCCGUACUCUGUACAGUUGUCCUUAUUAGAGGGUCACAUUCCGGUUCCAUCCAGUCAUGGUUCCAACAAGGAGCAGCGACAGAGAGGGGAACAGGAGCUGGCUGCAGUGACUGUGGAACGCUGGUACAUGGCACCAGGGGUCCGGAGAACAGAGAUCCGGCAGAACAGAGUAGUGGGGACCUUGUUCUUACCCCCAGGUCCAGGUCCAUUCCCAGCCAUUGUGGACCUAUGGGGUAUGGGCGGGGGGCUGAUAGAGUACCGCUCAGCCUUGUUUGCUUCCCGAGGCUUUGCCAGUCUCUCCCUUGCCUACUUUGGCCAUAAAGACAUCCCUGGUCCACUCAACACUAUCAAUGUUGGAGAUGCCUACUUCAAGACUGCGUUACAGUUUCUCCAGGACCACCCCCAGGUGUGUGGGGACAGGAUGGGGGUCAUGGGCCUCUCGUUCGGGGUCUACCUGGCUCUGCGAAUUGCCACUCAAAUUGAUUUCAAUCCCAGGUGUGUGAUCGGAGUGAAUGGUCCAAUAGGAAGUUUCAACAAAUUCUCGGACAGCGACGGCAUGACAGAAAGCUUUGAAGGGAAUCAGACGCACUGGAGUUACGAUGAAGAGGGCUACGUCAGUUUCAGAGAAGUGACCACGCCCAACAACAUUCCACCUGAGAACAAAGCAAAUGUUGAAAACCUGUGCUGCCCCCUACUGUACAUUGUGGGUGAAGACGACUUGAGCUGUGCAGCUAUUGAGAACGCAGAUGAGAUUGAGAAGAAGAUUAAAGAUGCUGGUAGAUCCCACCUGUUCACCCGCCUGUCAUACCCCGGUGCUGGUCACCUGAUUGAGCCGCCCUACACCCCCAAUGCCCGAGCCUCCAUGUGGACCACACAACCCAAGAAAUGUUAUUUUCCAUGCUGUCCUGUUGUUUUUCCAUAUAGUGAUCACUCUCUGGGGAGGGCACCUGGCACCCCACGCUGCCGCCCAAGAGGACGCCUGGAAGAGGACCCUGGAAUUUAUGGAACGCCAUCUAAUGGGAAAGGAAGACAAAUAGCCUUUUGACCACUUUGGGAUAGAAUGGUCCAUCUCAUAUGCAUCACUCCUCAAUGCAAGACUCAAAACUCACCCAACUUUCCAAAUUCAAGUGGACUCAAUGUUUUCUUUCACUAUUUUCACCAUACAGAUUCUUAUGUAAGUGUCUAUGUAUUGUUGUCAUUGAUUUGUUUGAUUUUUAUAAACACAACUAUUAUACCAUAAUAAAAUCAAUGUAAUGUAAACAAAGUUGCUUUA